CCGCAUCUUGAAGCCAUACACAACCCACCCUAUACCUGUAAUAGCGCUUUCUGGGCUUCUGUAUAGCUUCAAUCUGCGCAAGAAGAGCUAGUGCAGUCUUCUAGAUCCGCGGGUUCAUGUAACGACCCUGUCAUUGUACACUUCUACCCACGCGACACCUCCGCCGCCUCCGCAUCUGCAUACUGCCCACCAUGUCUUUCGGACCACCAAACAGCGCGCCGCUGCCCUCUUCUUUCGACGAGAAUGCCGACUUCUACAAUGAAAACACCAUCGACAAGAUAUGGCGCCGCUUCCGCGAAGAGCCCCUCGUCCCCCUCGGCUGCGGCCUGACCGUCUGGGCCAUCGUCGGCGCAACCCGCUCGAUGCGAAAAGGCGACCAUAAGGCGACCAACAUGUACUUCCGCCGACGUCUAUAUGCCCAGGCCUUCACAAUCGCCGUCCUGGUAGCAGGAAACAUGUACUGGCAAAAGGAUCGCGUGAAGCGCAAGGAGUACGAGAAGCAAGUUGCGCAGAAGGAGCGCAUGGAUAAGAGAGACAGGUGGCUGAGGGAGUUGGAGAUGCGAGACGAGGAAGACAAGGCCUGGAAGGAGAGGAUGGCUAAGAAAGCGAGGGGAGUGGGAGAGGAAGCCAAGGGUGUGACUGACAUGGUCGCUGAGAAGACGAAGGAGUUGAAGGAUAAGACUGUCGGAAAAUAAGCGCGGGAAAAUCCACAUUCCAACUACAGUUCACGACAUCGGCACCGCGAACAUUCCUUUGGCGACGAGGAUCGACGGUAGAGGGAUGUGUUCGGGUGCACGCCACGCUUCGACCGACACACUCUCGUUGUAUAUAUACUGCAUAUUGUAUUGCUUGUGAUACGGGGAUAUGGGACCAGUCCUUUAUGAGCAAUCUGUCACUACACGAACAACUGCGCUUCACGCGCUACGAGGCUGAGGUAUUAUCCUCAAAUGCAGCCUUUUGUAACAUAAAAUAACAUAACAUACCCAAUGGAGAUUUCAUAACUUGUCA